GUCAAUUUACGUUUCAGUGCUCGGGAAGUGUCGUCAUUUUCUAACUGCACAUCUGCAAUCCUGCUCUUUCUCUCUCUCUGACCUUCAAGUUCGUAGAGGCAACAUCGUUGGCAGUCGUAAGAAGCUACUAAUUUUCUAUCAUGGCACCUCCAUCAUAUGCUGACCUUGGCAAAAGUUCAAGGGAUCUUUUUUCCAAAGGAUUUAAUUAUGGAUUUUUUAAAUUGGAAUGCAAAACAAAAACAUCAAAAGGAGUGUCCCUUACGACUAGUGGAAGUUCUAACAGUGAAUCAGGGAAAGUUAAUGGCAGUCUAGAGACCAAAUACAAAUGGGAGGAGUAUGGUAUGACAUUUUCUGAAAAAUGGAACACUGACAACAUCUUGGCUACAGAAAUCACUGUUGAAGACCAAAUUGCUAAGGGAUUAAAAGUUUCCUUUGAUACAUCAUUUGCUCCUCAGACUGGUAAAAGAAGCGGUAAAAUCAAAACUGGUUACAAAAAUGAUUAUAUCAAUGGUGGUGUGGAUGUUGACUUUGAAUUUGCAGGACCUACAGUCCAUGGUGCUUUAGUACUAGGAUACAUGGGAUGGUUAGCUGGUUAUCAGAUGUCUUUUGAUACGUCUAAGUCCAAGCUUUCUCGUAGUAAUUUUGCAGUUGGAUAUUCUGCUGGUGACUUCACUCUGCAUACGAAUGUAAAUGAUGGAACAGAAUUUUGUGGUUCUAUUUAUCAGCAUGUGAACCCCAAACUUGACAUUGGUGUUAACUUGUCUUGGACAUCCAAUAGCAAUGUCACUAGGUUUGGUUUAGGUGGUAAAUACAUCUUGGAUUGUGAUACUUCAAUCUCUGCUAAAAUUAACAAUUCUAGUCAACUUGGACUGGGUUAUUCUCAAAAGUUGAGAGAUGGUGUUGUAUUGACUUUGUCUACUCUGGUGGAAGGCAAAAAUUUCAAUGCUGGUGGACACAAGCUUGGUUUGGGACUUGAGUUAUCUGCAUAAGACCAAUUUUGUAAUGAUAGUUCGGUGUUUCUAUGUGCAUGUUAAGGUGGAGAGCAUGGGUCUUUUCCUCUGACCUGCUGUAUCAUCUCUUCACAAAGGAAAAAGGAUUAACAGAAGUUUUUUUUUUUCUUCGAUAGGGAUUGAUCCCACUUUGAAUUGGGCUCUUUCCUACAGAUUGUCAAUGAAAGUUUUUUUUUUCCUCCUAAUCCUACAGCUAUUUUUGCUGUUGAUAUAACUCAUUAGCAAACAGCAACAACAUAGAUGUACAAGGGUUAAAAAUAGUAGACAUUGCUUACUAAUGUUAUUUCUUUGUAAUCUGAAACUUGGCCUCCAAUAAACGAUUCAGUUUAUCCAUUGAA